AUGGCAAAACCAGCGCAAUCGGCUGACCAGGAUUUUCCUUACUCUUUAACUAUCUCCGUACCGCUUCCUUCAUACCGUCUGGCCUCCUCUGCCAUGCGCGCGCUGCAGGUAGACCUUGAGCUAUCGCCGCUGGUCAAGCGCACAUUCCGCCUCACAAAUCCUGAGUCAUCGAGCUCAGGCAUAGCGCAAAAUGAACCACAAGUAAACCGGACACUAGAGGAGGGCAGGAUAGAGCACGCAGCAAUUAAUAACACUACAGGUGCUGGUGAUGAGAGUUUAACAGUCUUGGAGACAGAAUACAGAGCCGCUACCAACAGAAUGUUACGGGUGGCAGUGAAUGCCUUCAUGGACUCGCUAGGAGUUGUCGUUGGAGUGAUGGAGGAGUUGGACACUGAUGUAUUAGGCCAAGAACUGGGGAAGCCGUAA